AUGAAUUACUUGGAACUUCAAGGUCUUCAUUUAAAAGUUAUUUCUGAAUCAGACAUCACUAUAAAUACUCUUGUUGAAGACCUAAAUAUUUCUGGAAAUGAUUUACAAAAUUUUCCUAAAUCUCUGAAGAAUUUAACAAGAUUAACUCACAUUAAUGCUGACUCAAACCAAAUCAGUUCAUUAGAAACACUAACAGAAAUACCGUCGUUACUUAAAUUAGAUUUGUGUAGAAAUUAUAUUGUAGAAAUUCCAACUUGUUUAUCAACAUUAACUAAAUUAUAUCAACUGUCUUUAUUCGCAAAUAAAAUACGUACUUUGCCUUAUACUUUAGGUUCAUUAAAAGAACUUAAUCUUGGAUCAAAUGAAAUCACAAAAAUACCUUUAGGAUGUAAUUUCUCAUUACUAACUCAUUUAGAUUUAAGUCAAAAUAAUUUGUCUCAAAUAGAAGGACUUACUGGAUUGAAUAAUUUAAUAUAUAUUAACUUGGAAUGUAAUAAAAUUACUUCCUUACCUUUUGUUGGUUGCUUAUCUAAAUUAGAAAGUAUUAAUAUUUCAAAUAAUAAUAUUGAGGUUAUUCCUGAAUCUAUCACUCAAUUAACCUGUUUGUCUUUUUUCAACGCAGCUUCAAAUCCUAUCAAAACAUUACCAACUGGAUUUUUUAAAUUAAAAUCACUACGAUUUAUUUCAUUAACAAAUACAUUAGUUGACUCAUUCAAUGAACCUUUAGAUAAUCUUAUUAAAUUACAAACAUUACUUAUGAAUGACAUUAAACUUAGUGAAAUGCCUAAUGGAAUAUGUCAGAUUCAUGAAAUGAGAGACUUAAAUCUAAGUAAUAACAAAAUCUCAGAGAUUGAUCAUUUACCCUUAAGUACUGAUAGUUUUAAUGUAUCUAAUAAUAUUAUUAACACAUUCAACCCAGAAGGAACACCACAAAUAGGAAAUAUUUAUUUAAAAAACAAUGAUUUUGACCAUUUUCCUUUGAAAUUAAUGGAAAUUACUAAUCUUCAAUUAUGUGAUAUUAGUAAAAAUAAAAUUAUUACAAUCCCUGAUAUACCUCUAGAAUUAAAAUACUUAAAAUCUAUUGAUGUUAGUUUUAAUGGACUUACUUCUAUCCCACCUAUUUUUGAUCAUUGUUCUCGUUUAACUAAAUUAAAUGCUUCUUAUAAUCAACUCACUUCAUUUCCCCCUUCAAGAUCAUUACAACAUAUUCAAGUUUUAUUAUUAUCAGGAAAUCAGAUAAGUCAAAUUCCAAAUGAUGUAUCAACACUUACACAAUUGACUUUACUUCAUCUUGCCAAUAAUUCAUUCAUUGACUUUCCUACUAUUCUUUCAAAAUUACCAAAACUUCAACGUCUAUCAUUGUCAAUGAAUUCAUUAAGUAAUUUCCCAGAAUUUACAAAUGGUGCAUUAAUUUCAUUAGACAUUUCAUGUAAUCGUCUUACCUCUAUCAAAUUCCCAUAUACAACAAAUUUAAAAAGACUGAAACUCUCUCAUAAUGCUUUAGGAGAAAUACCUAAUACUCGUCCUCCUUUACCAUCACUUCAAAUACUUGAUCUUUCAUCUAAUGGAUUAACUAAUUUUGUUCUUCACACUAAUGAAUUUCCAUCAUUAUCUGUAUUAGAUUUAAGUUGUAAUAAUCUUUCUGUUAGUCCAAAUAUUGGUCAAAGAAAAUUUGCAUUACGUCUUGAUGGAAAUCCAAAUUGGCAAGCCACACAAUAUCCAUUCUUACCAAAUUUCUUAAAACUAGAAGAGUUUAGUACUAUACCCCCUUCAUUUUCUUUUUGUUCUAAAUGUUCUAAUAGAGUAGAAAUGCAAGAUUCAAUUAUUUGCAUUCCGAAUUUUACUGCUCCAGACUUUUUCUUAUUUGCUGCUAUUGAUGGUCAUCUUGGAAGUGUUGUAUCAAAUACUUUUGCUACUAAAUUUCCACAAAUUCUUUACAACUUCUUGAAAACACAAAAUAUAAAAACAGCAUUUUUCCAAGCAUUUAAAGAAAUGCAAAAUCAAUUAAAAGAAGCAAAAGUUACUGAUGGUGCAGUUGUUACUGUUACAUUUCUUACUCCUUCACAUAUUUAUGUAGCACAAUGUGGAGAUUGUAGAGCAAUUUAUAUAACUGAAAAAAAAGUAACUCAGUUAUGUGAAGAACAUACUCCAUCUAAUCCUCAAGAAUUUAAAAGAAUUAAAGAAUGUGGUGGAUAUACUGAACGUGGAAGAGUUUUUGGUGAAUAUAUAGUAUCACGUUCAAUUGGUGAUAUUAAUCUUAAACCAGUCAUUUCAGACUUACCAGAAUUUGUUGUUUGUGAUAGAACUGAAAAUGAACAAUUUUUAAUUGUUGCUUCUGAUGGUCUUUGGGAUCAAGUCAGUAAUAAUGAUAUUGUUUCAUUAUUAAAUAAAAAGAAAAGUUCUAGAACUGCCGAGCUUUCAGCAUUGCUUUGUGAUGUAGCUUUUGUAUCAGGUUCAACGGACAAUAUUUGUGUUUUAGUCUGCAAAUUAAAUUAA